UGCAGUGUUGUCACAUCAGGAGCUGCAGCACAGAUUCUGCUUGUCUGUCUGUCAUGACCGCGCAAAGUCAAGAGACAACUUUUCUAUAGCAGGGUCUCAUCAGCUAGAUAUUUCUUUAUACAUAUACACAUAUUUCUUUAAUUUAUUGCCGCAAUGGCCGGGCUCUGCUGCCUCCUCCCCGCCGCCCUGCUCGCCCUGCUGCUGGCCGGCUGCAGCCCUCCUGUUCGGGGGUAUUUCGCAGAGGAGCGCUGGAGCCCCGAGUCUCCUCUGCUCGCUCCGCGGCUCUUCCUCGCUCUCAUCUGCAGGAACUCCGAGCACUCUCUGCCUUAUUUCCUCGGUACUAUUGAGCGCCUCAACUACCCCAAGGACCGGAUGGCUUUAUGGGUGGCGACGGAUCAUAACAAGGACAACACCACGGUCAUUCUGCGGGACUGGCUCGUCAAGAUGCAGAGUCUCUACCACUAUGUGGAGUGGAGGCCGCAAGAGGAGCCCAAACUUUACCGGGAUGAAGACGGUCCGAAGCAGUGGACAGACCUCCGCUAUGAGCAUGUCAUGAAGCUUCGGCAAGUGGCGCUGGAGUCAGCUCGUGAGAUGUGGGCGGACUACUAUAUGUUGGCGGACUGUGAUAACCUCCUCACCAACCCCGAUGUGCUCUGGAAGCUCAUGAACGAGAACAAGACCAUCAUUGCUCCAAUGCUCGACUCCCGUGCAGCCUAUUCAAACUUCUGGUGUGGAAUGACCUCCCAGGGCUACUAUAAGCGCACUCCUGCCUACUUACCUAUAAGAAAGCAGGUGCGCAAGGGCUGUUUCGCAGUCCCCAUGGUGCACUCCACCUUCCUGAUAGACCUCAGGAAAGAGGCGUCCCGGCAGCUGGCCUUUCACCCGCCACACACAGAAUACAGCUGGGCUUUCGAUGACAUCAUUGUGUUUGCGUACUCUGCUCGGAUGGCAGAUGUUCAAAUGUUUGUAUGUAACAAAGAGACCUAUGGCUACUUCCCUGUGCCACUGCGAUCCCACAAUACUUUGCAAGACGAAGCUGACAGCUUCUUGCACACCGUGCUGGAGGUUAACGUGCGAAAUCCCCCAGUGAUGCCUUCCAAAUACGUACGUGUUCCUAAAAAACAACCCGACAAACUGGGCUUUGAUGAGGUGUUCAUGAUAAACCUACAGAGGCGGACUGACCGCCGAGAGCGGAUGCUGAUGGCGCUACAGGAGCAGGAGAUUACUUGUAAGGUCAUCGCAGCUGUAGAUGGAAAAGCGACGAAUAUGAGUGACAUUCAGUCAAUGGGCAUCCACAUGCUCCCUGGAUACAACGACCCCUAUCAUGGUCGCCCACUGACGAAGGGAGAGCUGGGAUGCUUCCUUUCCCACUACAACAUCUGGAAAGAGAUUGUGGAGCGACGCCUGGAAACCUCCCUGGUGAUCGAGGACGACCUGCGCUUCGAGAUCUUCUUCAAACGGCGCUUGAAGAACUUGAUGAGGGAGGUGGAGGAGGAAGGACUGGACUGGGAUCUCAUUUAUAUCGGUCGGAAGAGAAUGCAGGUGGAUCACCCGGAGAAAGCGGUUCCUAAUAUACACAACAUAGUGGAGGCGGACUAUUCGUAUUGGACUCUAGGCUAUAUGAUAUCACUACAAGGUGCAGAGAAGCUUUUGAAAGCAGAACCACUUAAGAGGAUUUUGCCAGUGGACGAGUUUCUUCCCAUCAUGUACAAUAAACACCCUGUGUCUGAUUACAUGAAAGAGUUUGAAACCAGGGACCUGAAGGCGUUUUCAGCCGAGCCUCUUCUCGUGUAUCCAACUCAUUACACGGGCGACAAAGGCUACAUCAGCGACACGGAGACCUCCACAGUGUGGGACAAUGAGAAGGUCCGUACAGACUGGGACAGAGCGCGCUCAGGAAAAACUGGCGAGCAGGCCGAGAUCAGCUCCGAGGCCAAGAACUCAGACGUGCUCCAGUCGCCUUUGGACAGUACGGCACGGGACGAGCUAUGAGAGGAGGAACCGAAUGAAAAUGUUACAAACCACCUUUUAGUUUUUUAAUCAUGUUUCAUCUUUGAUACGUUAGAUUUUUUGCAUCACAGCAGGGAUGUGACAUCGGAGUUUGUAGGCCGAUUUAAUUUAUCCAGAUGUGACGAGUUAAAAAGGGAUCAGGUGCUGUUUUCUGUCACGUUGUAGUUUUUACUUUAUAAAGGCACUAGACUUGCCAUUCGGAGUGGCAUUUGCAGUACCCAGCUUCUGUCUGUCAUACAGAAAUGAACCUAUAUAUCAGCAAAGAAUGCAGUUGGACUGUUACAUUUCAGUCACCGGGCAGUUAAAUGUUGUCAUAAUUUGAGAUUACACUGUGAAAUGCUUUUUUUUUAAUUUCUCAAGACUACAAAUACAAAAUCAAGACUUUCGUAGACAUUCACGUCUUAAAUCAAACGUUAAUCAUUGUAAAUUCAUUAGUCCAAGAGGAGAAACAUCUGCAUGUCUUUUGCUUUUAGUAUUUUGUCUUUUUAAACUUCAUAUUGUUUUUAAUAAUCAUUAGCUAACACGUAAGAUGCUUGCAUUAGAGCUUUACCAAAGCAACAAAACACACAACUCAGAAUCAUAGAGUUACACUACUUCUACUACUGUAGAGUUUAUAUACCAAUGCAGUUCAUUAUGCCCGUCUCCCUGGUCGCCACUUUGGGAUUGCACCCAGGCUAAUGCCGCCAACCCGCUGUUGACAUGGUGAUAGACGACACAAACCACCGUACACGCCUCAAAACAUGGUGGUUUGGGAGUAACGCGGUUAUAAAUGCCCUCUAAGUUCCCUCAAAACUAACCCACCCAACCACAUCCAAACAUGCUGAAUCAUUUUCAGCUACAUAUGAAUUUGAACCUUUUGUUGUGAGCAAGACUUCAUAAAAAAGUCUCUGCAAAAGAGAACAUAAACAACAUAAAGUUUGUAUCAUCUUACAUUUUACAGAUUAUUUAUUCUGUGUCACAUGACUCCACUUAUUCUCCCAGGAAGUUGUUAUCAAUGGGAGCCGUUCACUCCAUGGAUCUUGCACAAAAAUGUUAGUGGUGCAUUGUGCCAACAAUAAAUAAAAUGUUUUAUUUUUAAAAAAGAAA